GUGCCUCUUGAUGUCGACGGAGUCCCAAAGUCGAAGGACCUUUGUCGGCCUGUGCAUCCAUCGAAGAAAGGUGGAUAACAUAUUGUAUUGCAUCCGCUGCGAUACAUAUUUGCGCUCUUGUAUGACUACAGGUGGCCUUCGUGACCUUGGCAACGGCGCGCAUAUGUACUUCGGCUAUGCCGUCAAGGUAGACAGCUUUGUGCAUUCAUGUAAGUACCCCUUUGUGUCACAACUGCACUUGCAGACCGGAUUGUUCGGCAACUUGAAGUACAUGAAGAUCCUGGGAGAGCAGUCCAGCCUCGUCGUGGCUGAAUACGAAUGUACGCGCGUACACAGACCCGGCCUGGUGUUGUGUGCUAUGGCAAUGUGUAAUGUGAACAGGCAAGAUGGACGUUACGCAACCACGGCAAGGAGUCUAUGACUGGGGAGACUGUGAUGCCAUCGCUCAACUCGCUGACAACCUCGACCUUCGCUUCAUACACUGACCUGGCAUCGUGCGGUGGGUGUACGAUGUAU